AUCCGAGUUUGUUUUCGACUUUAUGUUCUUAAAACCUAGACUUGAUAACUUAGAUAUUGGCAGGAAUGGAUACAGCCACGACGGAUUCUUUCCGCGAUGCAGAUGCUAUUUUGAAUACCCAACUUUGCGAUGUCCUUUGCGGAGGUAAAGACGAGCUAGCUCCAUACAAUCGCCUUCCAGAGGAGAUCCUAGUCGAAAUCUUCAUGAUUCACACUGCUCUGACACGUAGGCUUCGCGGCCCACAGUCCUAUGAGUGGAUCCGGGUGACACACAUCUGCGCCUGGUGGCGUCAAGCUGCACUUCGUUGUCCUACGUUAUGGGCUCGAAACAUAGUGAUUAAGCCAAAUGUAGAGGAGUGCAUCAAAGAGUUCCUGAUUCGCAGCAGAGAUAUUCCAUUGCAUGUCCAUGCGGAAUUCUCUGGGACCUAUGAAGAGGACAUCUACGAUGACGAGGACUCAGAAGUUGAUCCAGCACGUAUCAUCUGUUCAUUCAAUCUGGUGCUGGAGCAGCUUCAUCGUAUCAGUCAUCUCAUAUUCAAUCAGCCACCAGGCAUCUCCCGGAGGCUCUUUAAAUUCAAAGACGUUGCAGCCCCAAUGCUCCGGACCCUUAAACUUAGGGACUGGGAGGGCGAUUUUUAUAUUCCAUUAUUCCAAGCGGGGGGUCUUCCGGUCCUAGAGCUCUUAUGUCUCGCCGAUCUCCAUUAUUUUGGCGUCAAGCCGUUAUUUGCACCAACCAUUACGUGCCUGAUACUCUUCAGAUGCAUGUUCCCUUCUGAAACGAAAUUACUUACCGUAUUGGCUGCGAUGCCUAUGAUGGAAGAGGCGGUCCUCCAACCCAGAUAUGAUAUCCUCGGUGACGGAUUCGUUGUGUGUCGGUGGCCACACCUCAAGUCAUUGCAUCUCUUCUGCAAUCCAGAAUGUGUCCAUUGUGUCGAAAAUACAUUGGAUCACUUGAUAUUCCCUCCAACAGCGCGUCUUACAAUCCAUCUCGCAUCCGAUCUCGAACCUCCUGUUGCAUUACCGGACUCACCGCUCAUUCGUUCUAUCCAGGCCAAAAUAGCUGCCAUAACGGAGCGGAAUGGACCUUUCAAAAGAGUCUGCAUCGAUAACAAGGAUCGAACCUGGGGACUUCAUAUGUUAGAGAUGAGAUGUUGGACUCAUCAGGCAGAGAGCGAGGCAUCAUUCCGCGUUCUUUGUCAGGGUGGCUACAUUACGGGUGUGGAGAACAUAAGAUCCAUCUGUAACUCGCUUUCUUUCAAUGCCGUCGAAGAUCUCACUGUGGCACCCACAGAACUUAUUGGACAAUCGAUCGAAUCAGAGUUAUGGCUAGAAAUCUUCUCCGUAUGGACGGGUGUCAAGGAGUUGACGAUACACGCUUCAUUCUCUAAACACUUGAUCAGCACGCUUCUUUAUAGGCGGCCAAGCCCCGACAAGAUCACGUAUGACGUACGUUUCCCGGCUUUGCGCAAACUUACUAUCAACACCGCAACCGCCGUGCACCAUCCUCAUCAACAAUACUACUUGUUUACAAACAGAUUGACAGAUAUUUUGGGGUUUAUGAGGGCCGUGGAUAAAAUACUGCAUCGGCGAACAGAGUGGGGCUUGGAGAGAACGACUCUUGUACCUAUCAAUUAAGUUUCGUGGACGGAAACGUCAGGGACGACGAAGGACAUAGCAUCAUCUGAAGAUGUAUCUUUCGUAUAUCUUUCGAAUGGUUUGAUAAACAUCGCAUUACAUUGAUCCUUCGACAUACCUUCUACGGGUCAAUAGCGGAUGGAUGUGUAAGAUACUUCCUCUGUCGUUAGAGCUGGCGAUGAUUGUUACCACUAUUUUGGCGUAGUAUGUUGAAACAUCGACUGCAUGUAGUGGAGUCGUGAGGUCGGCUAAGUAUAUCAGCUUUGAUC